UACUCUUGCCUUCCCCGUUCACUCUCCGCCGGGCAGUCAAGCACAUGGUUUUGAAUGUUAGCCCACUGGGAUAAAGGACCCCUGCUUCACACAGCUCGCGCCUGCGUGCUCCUAUUACCAUCAGGUGAAUAUUACAGCCAACUGGAACAUAAAGAGCUCAGACUCUCACGCUGAAGGGUGAAGAAACUGCUGUCAGAAUGUACUGAAACCUCAAGACAAUCAGAUAACCUUUAAAAACCAGUCGCCUUUUUGGCGUGUGGACCUCAGUGCCUUCAUCAUGUCACUGUUCACACACUUGUUGGCCUGUCUCUUUGGCAUCGGAUCAUGGGUGGCCAUUAACGGGAUGUGGGUGGAGCUGCCUCUGAUCGUCCCCUCUAUUCCGGAGGGGUGGUACCUGCCCUCCUACCUCACUAUCAUUAUCCAGAUGGCUAACAUCGGGCCUCUCUUCAUCACCAUGCACCGCUUCAGACCGGGCAUGCUGGACGCGCCUGUUAUCUACACCAUCGUGACGGUCGGUCUGGUGGCCACCUUCCUCCUGGCCUUCUUCUGGAACCACACGCUUUCUUUUGAGGAGGAACAUAGCGCUGCCCUACUGUCCCUCAGCUUCCUGCUGUCUGUGGUAGACUGCACCUCGUCUGUUACCUUUCUACCCUUCAUGAUGCGUCUACAGCCUCGGUACCUCACCACCUACUUCAUUGGAGAGGGUCUAAGUGGCCUGGUCCCAGCACUGGUGGCUCUUAUCCAAGGCGUAGGUGAUCCACUGCAAAAUGCCAGUGCUAAUGCAAACUUUAGCAUGGGGAACUCAUCCUGGGGCUUCGAUGGAGCACUUCAGGAACAAUAUCAACCAGCCAACUUCUCUGCUCAGGGUUUCUUCCUGUUCCUCAGUGCGAUGAUGUUCGUGUGCCUGGGAGCUUUCUUGUUACUCAACUUCCACCCAGCUGUGGCGGAACACAAGAGCAAAUGUUAUACUGAUGAUUCUCAGCAAGUGGAGAAGAUUGAUAUGAGCCAGUCCCCAAAUAAUGAAGCUCCAGAACAAAAGCCCAUGCUGGAUUUCACAGAAGGACCUGUUUUAAAGCGACACAGUUCGUUUGGAAAAGGAACCUACAGCAGAAUGCAGCUGGUCUUCAUAUUUGUAGUUCUGGCCUGGGUAAACGCACUGACCAAUGCAGUCUUGCCCUCAGUCCAGCCUUACUCCUGUUUGCCAUAUGGAAAUCAGGCCUAUCAUCUUGCAGCCACUUUGUCUUCGGUAGCCAAUCCGGUGGCUUGCUUCAUUGCCAUGUUUGUGCCAAUCAGGUCUCUGGUGCUGAUGGGGGUUCUGACAGUGACUGGCACUGGGUUUGCAACAUAUAUAAUGGCAAUGGCAGCACUAAGCCCUUGCCCUCCGCUGAUCAAUCAUGACCUAGGAGCAGCACUCAUUGUCAUAACCUGGGUCAUAUUUGUCCUGACUUUGUCCUAUGUGAAGGUGAUUAUUGGAGUGAUCCUGCGAGAUGAAGGCCAUAGCGCCCUCGUGUGGUGUGGAGCUGUGGUGCAGCUGGGUUCUAUGUUAGGUGCCCUCUCAAUGUUCCCUUUGGUUAGUGUUUACAGACUUUUCCAGUCAGGAGAUUACUGUAAUACCAAGUGCCCUAAAUAAAAGCAAUCAUUAUUCAGAGUAAAACACUAAUAUGUUAGCGAACAAGGCUGAAUAAUACACAGAUAUAAGACCACACACCUUUUCUCAUUAUACUUUUUUUCACAUUUACAUAAAACACAAAUCUCAGCCAAUGUACUAACAACCCUUUUCUUAUGGUUAUCAUAUGGUCACAUAGUUCAUAGUACUGUUACAUCAUGACAAAACAACCUUCAUAACCUUCUGUAAUAUCUGGCACUGCCUUAUAGUUACAGUGUAACUUGUCAGUUAUGACAUUUUUGUUAUUUUUGAUGUCAUUAUACUUGAUAUGUAUUGUUUAUGUUAUCAUAUUGAACUGUUUUUAAAGCCAGAGGUCACUUUUUUUUAAAGAAUUGGAACAUAUUUAUGAUUUUAUAUAAGCUUUGCCAAUCCUAUUCCUUUCUUUGUUUUCAAAACUUUAUUAAGAUUGGUAAAAUAAAUUAAUAAAUAUUUUUC